AGUGCUGAUGGAUCACCUUUGAAUCUGGCCGUCUCCCACGCGGGAUUAUUUGUCUUCCAAGGCGUUUUGAAGGUGAACACAUUCUCAUGGGCACGAAUUCGCAAACUGAGCUUCAAACGAAAGAAAUUUCUUAUCAAACUUCAUCCCGAAGGCUACGUGAGUCACCAGAUAUCUAUUGCAAGUAUAACCAUAAGAUAUAAUCAUCAGGACGCAGUGGAGUUCUUCUUCGAGUCAAGAAAUGAGUGCAAAAGUUUUUGGAAACAAUGCAUUGAACAUCAUGCCUUCUUCAGGUGUCAGACUGCCAAAUCCGGUGGUAAAUCUAGCAAGUCUUCAAAAAAUGCAACAACAUCCUCUUCCACAAGUCGAGUGCAUAAAUCUCUCGGCGACGAUAAAGUCACAAAUAAUCCCUCCCAACAGAGUCUUCCAGCUUCCUGUGAGGCUGGUAAUCAUCACCACCACGGGGUUAGUCAACCAUCCACUGCCGGUGGCCAACAGCAACAGCCUUCAGCCAGGAGCCUCCCACUAGCUGGAACUCUGGACGAUUCGACGGUACAGUCAUUUGUCCAGAUACCAGCUGCUGCGGUCACUGGAGGUUCUCUGCGUUACCCGCAGCGAGUGAUGCUUGUGGUUCCUCGAGGGGCGAAUGGAAGCCGAGUGGGGACUAUAUCUGGGUCAACGACAACGGGUGUUGCUCCUACAUCGGGGGGCAGUGGUGGAUUCCUUGUCAUGUUGCCGACAUGCAGCGCUGAUCAACACCAGCAAAAUGCCUGGCUCUCCGCUAUUCAGCAACAGCAGCAGAGAGCGUUUUCUCCGGUGAAUGGAAAAGGUAUUGGAUCAAAGUAUACCAAAAAUAAAUUUACUGAAAUUGUUUUAACUUGUUCAAAUUGA